CAAUUUAUAUAGAUCACAAUUUAUUUCACUUAAUAUCAGAUCCUUCACUUUACCGGAAGAAAAUGUUUCUGUAAUUUUAGUUAGUUCCUCCUGUUUAUAUUUAUAAUUUCUUUAGUUUUGGAAGCUUUAUGACAUAUGGUAAUUCCACUGCCUCAAAUAUUAUAUAUAAGUAAUCUCAGAGUAGCUGAUAUCAUCACAAGCUAAUAUUAUUUUAAAGAGCUAACACCCUCAAGAUUUGCUUGAUAAUAUAUAUACGUAUAUAAUACUAUUGUCAUCCUUUCCUUUCCAAGUGACCAACCAUUAUAAUGAAUACGACCAACGUUCUCCUCCAGGCUGUAAUCUUCCUCCUCACCAACGUCGUAUUGUUCAUAUCUUCGGCGUCAAUUCCGACUCAAUGUAAAAUACCAAAAGACUUGAAAGUCCAAUACGAGAAACUAUCCAGCGCAGCGAUCGGCAAUAACUUUUUUCUACCAGCUGAAAUAGCUCCAGCGGGAAGUGACCAACAAGAACUGACCGAAGGGGAUAAAACGUGCCCAACAUCUCCUGUAUCUACUGAUAUCAUCCGCGAACGUUCAACCUGCCCAUGGUACCUGAAAAUUACCCACAAUUCGACAUAUUUUCCUCCAUCACGCACUGAAGUCGUUUGUCGCUGUACAGACUGUCUGGACUCUGACAGUAAUCAUCAAUGUGUGAUGGUAUAUACUCCAACGACUGUCCUGAAACGUACAGUCGAAUGUAUUGAUGGACUGUACGUUUAUCAACCAAGUGUCAUCCAUGUAGCCACAGCCUGUGUGUGUGCACGGAAAAUCGAUAUAAUAUCCGGAGGAAAUGGUGACGAAUAUGAGUCGUAAUAUCGGCCAAAAUCAUCAAACAUUCAAUUGUGUGUAACACAAAAGUUUUUCAUAAUGUUAUGGAAGUUUAAGUAAACCACUGUGUGGUUGUUAUACGAAACAUGUACAGAAAAAAAAAUCAUACAAGCGUGUAUAUGCAAAUAAACGCUCGCUCAUUAUUUAUCUCUUUCUCUCUCCUUUUUUCACACACACUCACAUAUAUAUGCGUUUUGCUUGUAUAUAUAUACAUAUACAAAUAUACAUACACUCAAACACACAAACACACUCCCAUCCAUCCAACAUACAUAUACACAGGCAAAUAUAAAUAUAUAUAUAUGUGCAUAUAAAUAUGCAUAUAUCUAUAAUAUGGGACAGAGAGGACGGACGUUUUUGAAAACUUCACAAAAUCAUUCAUUUUAGAUGCAAACAAAUUUCUUUGACAUCAAUGUGUUCGUUUUGAAUUAGCAUUUGUCAAAUGUGAGUGUGCAAAACAACAGCCAUCAUGUGGUGCUUGUUUUCAUUGAUGCAUUUCUGAAGGCGUUCUUGUAAGUUGGCCUCCAUUCUCUCCAGCAUUGCUUUGUCGAUUUGGGCGACUUCCAUACGAACAGCUUCCUUCAAAUCGUCCAAUGUACAGAGCUUAUGUGCAUAUAGAUGUACCCUGAGGUUUCCUCACAAGAAAUAAUCACACAUGGACAAAUCAGCAAACCUGGAAAUGAAGUAGUCACUGAAGAGAGGGCGAAGAACAUCCAUUGAUGCUCUGACUGUAUGGGCCGUCGCCCCAUCCCUCACACGUCGAGUAGGCAUAAAGUUUCGUUGUAAUUCAGGCACAAAAAAAUUGUUUGUCAUCUCGAUGUAACGCUUGGAGUUCACAGUAAAAGCAUUUUCAUUAUUGUCUUCAACAAAGUAAGGAGCAGUGACUGUAGCUUUUCCAACAGCACACCAGACCGUCAGUUUUGGCCUGUGCAAUACACCACGUACUGAAUAGUAACUGUCGGACAUAUAUACCUCCUGCUGGGUCUGAGUAAUGGCUAUUUCAAAAACGUCCGUCCUCUCUGCCCCGUUCUGUAUUUGAAAAUGCACACACGCAUACAUACAUACAUACAUACAUACAUACAUAAAUAAAUACAUACAUACAUACAUACAUACAUACAUACAUAGGCAAAAACUUUCCUAAAUGCUGCUGAAACGUAUUUCUUCCAAAUAAGUUUGUUUUCUAUUUUGUAAACACUGAAGGGAACUCUUAUCUUACUUACUAUCAUAUUUAAUACAACAUUAACAUUUCCUUUUUUUCCUUUUCUUUUUUUUUUCUACCUCAACCUAUAUUAGGCUUUAUUUUAUAUAAAUAUUUCAAACCAAUAAAUGGUAUUGGAGUAUAUUUCCAUAUACAUGACCCUUUCUUAAAAUUACAUACUCCGAUCAUUAUGGUUUAAUCCUCAUUACAUGAACCAACCAAGAAUAGAAAUACAGACACCUGCACACACAUUCCAGUGCACAUAUUAUCCUUCUUCGCUGACACUCUGUCGUACAUAUAAAAAAAUUUAACUACGGAACAUAACUGUAGUAAUAAGCAAAAUGAAUAUAAGAGAGAGAGAGAGAGAGAGAGAGAGAGAGAGAGAGAGAGAGAGAGAGAUGUAUAAAGUUGAGCGAUUUGUCAGAUGAAUGUAUAUAAUAUUUAAUUCCUGGCUUUCGUAGGAUUACAGCCGUUUCGCAACUUUCUACAUGUCUUACUUUCUCUAUACUAGGAAUGUAUUCUUAUAUACCAUUGUUCAUCAUUGUAGAGUACAAUUCUAUAUUCCAAAAUUGAUGCAAAUAAAGAAAGCUAGCUUCCACAGAUAUUUGACAUUGUAACUAACUAUUACGUGAACUGAUAGGCGAGUCCGUAAGAGGAGCUUACUGUGAUAGCUGUAAGAUUCUCUGAAUCCAUAUCCAUAUCAUAUAGUUACUUAAACACUAGUACUGAGUUCACUAAUAUUUACAUUUAUGUAAUAUUUACAUAAAUAUUUGAUUUUUAUAUGUGCGCAUUUUUUUAUAUACUUUAACAUUAUUCAUUAUGUACGUGUGAGCGGAUGUAGGCGUGAGUAUCUGUUUGUAUAUGUAUUUGCUUGGGCACAGAUGCUCAUAUAUAUAUAUAUGUGUGU